CGCCGCUGCUCCUCACUGCCUCGGGCCGUACGGCUGCGGGUCCGCGAGGCCCUGGGGCUCCGGGACCCGGUUGGCGAGGUUAAAGUGCAGGUGUGUGUGGCCGGGAAGUCGGGGUGCGACUGGUAACCACCCGGGCCGGAGCCUUAGCGGGAGAGGAGCCGGCAGGGGCGUAGCCCGCACCGGUCUCUCUGCCUUGGGGGAAAGCUGCAACCUCUGCAGUGCAUUUUACUAAGCUUACGGUCCUUAGAGAUAGCUAAGAGACCUUAGAUAGGUUCUUAGAGACCGUAUCUCUAGAGCCCGCUCUCGCUGUGUUCGUUCACUGCCGUUUAUUCGAGGUUCCUCAGGGCACGGGCAGGGAAAGGCUGUUACUGCAAUGGGUUACACUGAAACAUGCUCGAGUAGUUUGGGUUUAAUCACGUGUUUGAUUUGGAAGAGUGAACCAUUAUAAGCUCAGAUGUGGAACAAGACCUAAAACACCAGCACAGAGGCAGUGCCUCUUCCAAACCAAACAGUGUCAGGUAGAGCCUGUAAUAAGAGUUUCAUUAGUGUACAUGUCUCUCUUCUUCUGAACUAAGGUGGACUGGGAUAAAAAGGCUUUUUGGCAAUGGAAGUCUUUCCUUUUCUUCAGUACAGGGUGUUGUGUCCCCAUGUUUUCUGGUGUUCCUGAUUGACAGCAGUGGUUGCAGGCACAUAGUUCCUAUGUUAGUGCCAGGCCCUUGGCUGUGCUAUUGUCAGUAUUUCUGGAUGAAUCUGUAAGAGACUGGGGUACCUGGUAAAAGAUCUAAACUAAACUGAAAGAAGGCAGCUGUAGAUUCACAUGUAUAGGGAAAAAAUUUCUUACUAUGAGUGUGGUGAGAUGCUGGAACAGGUUUCCAAGUGAUGUUUUGGCUGCCCCAUCCCUGGAAGUGUUCAAGGGCAGGUUAGAUAGGGCUUGGAGCACGCUGCUCUUGUGGAAGAUGCUGAGGGGGUGGAACAAGAUGAGCUUUGAAGAUCCGUUAUAGCCCAAACCAUCCUGCUGACCCAAGAACCAGUUGAUAGCACACUGGUAUUCCUGCAAACACAUGGAUGAAGCCCAGUGGAGUAGGAAGAAGCUCAUCCACUAUACGUGCUUUUCAGCUGUACUUUUAGGAAUCUUGCAAGCUGGAAUGAACUGAUGCUAAAAUUGGGCUGGGUCCGCUCUGUCCGAUCCCAGAAGGAAGUUUUGUUCCUGCAUAUCAACGAUGGGAGCUCUCUGGAAAGCCUCCAGGUGGUUGCUGAUCCCAGCCUGGAAAAUAGAGACCUGACUUUUGGCAGCGCAGUGGAAGUGCAAGGGAAACUGGUGAAGAGUCCUCACAGGAAGCAAAACAUGGAGCUGAAAGCUGAAACCAUCCGUGUGGUGGGACCUUGUGAUACUUGGUCAUUCCCUCUGAAAAUGAAGGAGAGGCACCCGCUGGAGUAUGUCCGACAGUUCCCUCACCUGCGGUGCAGAAACAACACACUGGGCUCCCUCCUGAGAAUCCGCAGUGAAGCCACAGCAGCCAUCCACUCAUUCUUCCAGGAUAAUGGCUACAUGCAUAUUCAUACCCCCAUAAUUACCUCAAAUGACUGUGAAGGUGCUGGGGAACUCUUUCAGAUUGAGAAAUCAAAUGAGGUGAAGGAAUCUGCAGAAAAGACCCAUUUCUUCAAUGUGCCUGCCUUCCUGACAGUUUCUGGCCAGCUCCAUUUGGAAGUCAUGGCAGGGGCUUUUACCCACGUGUUCACCUUCGGCCCCACGUUCCGAGCAGAAAACUCACAGAGUCGCCGGCACCUGGCAGAGUUCUACAUGGUGGAGGCUGAGCUGUCCUUCACUGAAAGCCUCCAAGACAUCAUGCAGGUUAUAGAAGAUCUUUUCAAGACAACGACAAGCACUGUGCUCUCCAAAUGUCCUCGUGAUGUUGAGCUUUUUCAUAAGUACAUAGCUCCUGCCCAGAAGGACAGGUUGGAACAAGUGCUGAAGAACAAAUUUGUGACAAUUUCCUACAAUGAAGCAGUGGAAAUUUUGAAGCAGGCUUCUCAAACUUUCACUUUCAAGCCAGAGUGGGGCUGUGACCUCCAAAAGGAACAUGAGAAGUACCUUGUGCAGCACUGUGGUGAGGUUCCUGUGUUUGUGGUUAACUACCCAUAUGACCUGAAGCCUUUCUACAUGCGGGACAACGAAGAUGGACCUCAACACACAGUUGCAGCUGUUGAUCUCCUUGUACCAGGAAUAGGGGAGCUGUGUGGAGGCAGCUUGAGAGAGGAGCGACUGCCCUUCCUUGAAUCACGCUUACAGAGAUUAGGACUCACAGAUGCCUACCAAUGGUAUCUAGACCUCCGAAAAUUCGGCUCAGUUCCUCAUGGAGGCUUUGGAAUGGGCUUUGAACGCUACCUGCAGUACCUCUUGGGAGUUGACAACAUCAAAGAUGUUAUUCCUUUCCCUAGGUUUUCUCACUCCUGUCUCCUGUAGCUCACCAGUUGACUGGGGUGGAGAAAACUGGUGUAACUGUAUGUAUAUAACAUACAGGGCUGUGAGUAAGUGUAGUUUAAGUGGGAAAUCAUGGUGAGUUUUAUAUCAGUGAAACUCUUGACUCACUGGGUUGGUGAAAGUAACACAUUCUGGUGAGAUUCUGGAAGCACACUGGCAGUUAAUCUGGUAGCAGGUUGUGUCUUUUAGUGCACAUCAGUAUUAAUAAAUCCCACUUAACUAAAGGGUUAAGGUUCUCAUGAGACUGCUACCAAGCCAUGAAGGUACUGAAUAAGCAUUGUUGGGGGUUUUAUGUGAAAUAUUAAUAAAGAGGUGUGACCUAAAAUGGACUGGGAGCCAGGAGUGCUGUGAGGCUUUAAUAGGCUUUAAUUAAAUGCCUGAGCACUGCUUUGAAGAUUGAGUGUUAUAAAAUUGCAACGUAUUGUCACGGCUGUGAUGUGUCUGCUCUUACGAAACGGUGACUGUACAGCACGAUUCUCCCCACCCUGACUUAAAAGCAAAUGUUGUUUACCUUGGACAAAAAAAAUCAGCCAAACCUAGCAAGGACAAAAUGUCAUCCUGGAACUGCUGGAGUGAAUUAGAUGAAUGAUGUUUGAUUUUGUGAAUCAUCAAUAAAGAUGU